AUGGCGACUGCCAUGGAAAGCGCCCCGGCUCCUUUGCAGCCAAAAGACAUCCUAAAUGAAGUGAAUAAUUUUCUACAUGGAGCUAGACGUGAUGAGAAAGUUGCCAGUGAAAGUCUGGCUAAAUCAGCUCUAUGUUUGUUGAGGUCAAUGCCUGCAGCUAGACACGCAGUUUUGGAACAUUUCUGUAAUGUCUUCAAUGAAGCAGUGCGUAGACAUUUAUCAGAGCUUGAUCAACAGGGUUCUUCAACUAUGACCACAGAAGAAGGAGAUAAUUUAGAGACUAUAUUAAAUGAUAUUGUGGGAGUUUUACUGUCGUUUAUUAAAACAAACCCUGAUGCCUGGGCUCCUAUCAUUUCUUCAUGGUCUCUGGAGUUAUUAGGACAUCUAAGCAGUAAAUAUUCAGAGAAAAGAGUUUUAGUGCAUGUGAACUCUCUAAAUGAAGUAUUACAACUAUGGAUGACUUGUAAACCUACUAAAUUAUUGAUGGAAUUGGCUACAGAAUGUUUCGCAGCAAUGGUAGCAGGUGCUCCAGAUAGUUGUGUAGACUCCCUAUUAGAAGGUUCAGUAAAAUAUAGUCCACAUUUUGACUGGGUUGUUGCUCACAUAGGAUCUUGCUUCCCUAAAACCAUUAUAACCAGGGUGUUAAAUUGUGGUUUAAAAGAUUUCUGUAACCUUGACAACCAGCAUCCUGAUCGACCUAUUUCACCUAAACAUCGUACUCCAAAGAUGGCAUCAGUAGUGGGAAUUCUGGGACAUUUGGCAUCAAACCAUGGAAACGAUAUACGACAAGCAUUGAUGAAAUUAUUUCAGGAAAGUCUGAUAUCAGAAAAUGAUGUAGUAAAAGUUACAACAGUACCAUUUCUACUACAACUAGCCUCUAUGUCCACUAUGUUACUACAAGUAUUAACUACUGAUAUUAUAGCAGCCUUGACACCUAAUGUUCUGAACAUCCUGACCAAUCAGUUUGCCAACUGGAAACGAUCUAAUUCACAAGAAUAUUUCAGUUUUUUAACCAUGGUAAUACAUCUAGUAAUGAAGAGUGAUGUUGGAGGAUUUGAUGUUCUUAAUUUUCUCAUUUCUACAGCAAUACCUCAUAUCAAAUCAGUAGAAAUGGUAGGAGAUUUACCAUGUAGAGAUGUACAAGAGACUUGUGUUUAUAUUAUGAACCAGUUGUUGAAUGAAUUGAGACGAUUUGUUUAUUCAAAAAAACGUGGAGAUCAGUCAGCCAAUCAGCUGCCUCUAUUUGCUGGUUUAAAAGAUGAUAUUGAUAGAUUUUUAACUUUGAUAUUAGAGAGCCCAACAGAGAGGUUGCCAUGGUUACAGAAGUUAUUGCUAUAUAUUUGUGUUUAUAUUGGUGAAUCAAACACUGCUGUUGUUUUGGCCAAAAUUGUUGCUAUGGCAACCAGUCCUCUCCAGUUGGGAAUAUUUGCUAAUUUACGAUAUCAGUUAGAAUUAAGUUAUCCUAAUAUAAUAGCUAGAGUAUGUACUAACUUUAUAGAUCUGAUGCAGCCUCAUAAACCAUUAAACUUUAAACGUCUGGUUCAAAAUAUACUCCAUCUUAUUAAAUUAGAGAAGAAAUCACAUCGGAAAAAUAGUUCUCAGUUCAGUAAUUCUCUACAUGAAUAUUUCCCAGCCUUGUCUAACCUGUUGUUACAUCAAGACUAUAAUGUAUCAGAGAUAGUUCUACAAUUAAUAACUCUGAUAGAAAUACCUCGUGAUACCCCUUCAUCUCAUCUAGCUCAACUCUGUGGUGCAGUUAUCUUCUCCUUCUUUAAAGCUCUUCAACAAAAAGAACAUCGAGAUGAGCUGAAGAAUGUACGACAUUGUAAACAGUGUAUUAAACAACUAACUAAACAUUCAUUUACUCAGUGUAUGUUAGUAAGGUUUCUAAUGGAAGGGGCUGUUAAUCAGGAAUACUCCUAUUUACUUGGUGCUAGACCUUCACCAGAAACCAAACCUUCCACAGCUGAGAUGACUUCACUUCUACAAGAAAACAGACUGCAUGGUACCUCUCUUACAUUGUCUAGGUCACAUUCUAGUGUUUUCCAUGCUGGUAUAAUAGGACAGGGGUUAAAAAAGAGGGAAAAUAUCACCAUGUUACCAAAGGAACAUGCUACAAGAAAUGUCCAGUUAUUUAUAGAGGUAUUAUGGUUAUGUUGUUUAGAAGUUAAAAUAGCUGACAAUGAUAACUGUCAUUUACUAGAUGAAGCAACUCAUCAACCUAAUAGCCCCGAACCAACUUGGCGACGAGAUGUAGGGGACAUAACUGCUAGAAAUAUUGGGUGUAACUUGGUAGAGUUAAUUACCCUUGAUGUACUAUAUAAUGAUUUACUGUGGCCAGAUGAAGAGUUUAAUAAAGUAACUAUAGAAAGAGAUUUAUAUGUGUGGAAAAAUAUGGAGAAGAACCCUGUUUUCUGGAGUAUAUUUGAAGCAUUUUGUAGUUAUCCUAUAUUUAUCUACCACUGUUCUCCAGUAUUAAAAUCUAUAGCAGCCGUCUUAAUGUUACAUUAUAGCAGUUUUAGAGAAAAAUCCAUGAAAAAUUCACCUAAACAUUACUCUGCUGCUUGUAGACUCGUACAUUAUCUUGGUAGGAGUGGUAUUCUUCCUGCUCCUUUAUCACAUAUAGGAGAGUUAUUCCCCUUUGUUACCCCGUAUGAAGGCUAUUUAUUAAUAACAGCAAUGUGGAGAUAUAUUAAAGAAAAUCCACUGACGUAUAUGAAGGAAGAAAUCAACAGUAGAAAGUGUAGUGAGAAGUAUACUGAAGUUAUCGCCUCUAUCAUACACAGUAAUAUUGAUAAAAUGGGACAUCUUUACUCCUGUUUCUUCUCUAUACCAUCCUAACAUAGCGUCGGUGAAAGUGACAUGUGUAAUUGUUUCUUUUCUAUAGCAACUUGUACCAUUGUUUUCUACUAAAUGAGAUGAUCAUAACAAUUGUGAAAUGAAAAACAAAGUCAAAACAGUUUUAUUAAAACUGGAAGAUGAACUUUGGAACAUGCUAGUUUCCUUGUAUACUAUCAAUAUUAUAACUAAGUGUGAUGUCUCACUGAAAGAGAAAUUUUCUAUAUGCCAGUUUCUUUUUAUACAAAUUGAUAUUGAAGUGGUCAGUGUAAACGUGCUUCUGUCUAUAUUGGUUUCUGCACCACCAGUAUGAUUUUUGUGAAUGUAGAAUUAUGCUGGUUUCUCAGUGUGCCAUAGUAAAUUACGAACAUUGGUACUUUCCUACCUGACCAGACUAAAUGAGUGAUCAACUAAAUAUUAAAAAUUCAUUAUGAUUUAAAGUUAUUGUGUAUGUUUUCAAAAGUGUAGACAUUUUGAACAGCCAAAUUUACUAAGCGGCUUAUUUAACUGUUCAGGGGCCCAUACAACAUCAAUAAGAAUCAGUGUUGUUGCGAAUAGCAACAGAACGGACCACUAAAGUGGAUUUCACUGGUUUCCAAAUAAAAUAGAAUGGAAAUGACUAAUAAGUUAUAGUCUUCUGUAACACAUCUUUUCCAAUCAUCUUAUUAUAUUGAAUCAAU